UUCCCCACUCCUCUUUGUGGUUUCUUUGUAUAAUGGUGAACCUCUUAAGGCAAGCAUGUUUCUAUUAAAAGUAGGGGACAAGUUGAAGAUUCCAAGAUUUAAAAAGGUAAUUCCUGGAUUAUGUUGUAAUAGAUUCCAGUUGAGAGAUGAGUUUGAGUCAAAUCAUUGGUACGUGGCCCAACUUGAAUCCUGCAUCCAAUCCAAAUCUCUUUCUCAAGGGAAGAUUAUACAUCAACAUAUCAUUAAGAACAAUUCUAAUAUCAGAGAUUUAUCCAUUAUCCUUGACAAGCUUACUCAUCUCUAUGUUAAAUGUAAUGAAGUCCAACUUGCCCGCCAAGUGUUUGAGAAAAUUCCAAACCCAAGUGUUGUUUGUUGGAACAUGAUGAUCAGAGCUUAUGCCUGGAAUGGACCCUUUCAACAAGGCAUAGAUUUGUACUAUAAGAUGUUGCAACUUGGGGUGACACCCAACAAAUUCACUUUCCCUUUUAUUCUCAAAGCUUGUUCGGCUCUGCAAGAUAUACAAGUUGGGCAAGAAAUCCACAAGCAUGCCAAGCAACUUGGUCUCGAAAUGGACGUUUAUGUUUGCACAGCCUUGGUUGACAUGUAUGCCAAAUGUGGAGAUUUGUUUCAAGCACAAACCUUAUUUAAUUGUAUGUCCAGCAGGGAUAUUGUGGCAUGGAAUGCCAUCAUUGCUGGGUUUUCACUGCAUACACUUCACAAUGAAACUAUGGAGUUACUUGUACAAAUGCAACAAGCAGGAAUAGUUCCCAAUUCUUCAACUAUUGUAGCAGUUUUACCCACAGUUGGACAAGCUAAUGCAUUAAGCCAGGGGAAGGCAAUCCAUGGUUACUCUUUAAGGAAAAUGUUCAGUGACAGUGUUGUUGUUGGAACUGGUCUUUUGGAUAUGUAUGCUAAAUGCCAUCAUUUAUCUUAUGCCAGGAAGAUUUUUGAUCGGAUGAAGCAAAAGAAUGAGAUAUGUUGGAGUGCUAUGAUUGGAGGAUAUGUUGCCUGUGAUUUCAUGACAAAUGCAUUGGCCCUUUUUGAUGAGAUGGUACAUGUUUAUGAGUUAAACCCUACACCAGUUACUCUUGCAAGCAUACUUCGAGCUUGUGCUAAGCUUACUGAUUUGAACAAAGGGCAAAGCUUACAUUGUUACAUGAUUAAAUCAGGGAUGGACUUAGAUACAACGGUAGGAAACUCACUCAUAUCAAUGUAUGCUAAGUGUGGGAUGAUGGAGGACGCAGUCGGAUUUCUUGAGGAAAUGACCUCAAAGGAUACAGUUUCAUAUAGUGGUAUCAUGUCAGGAUGUGAUAGGAUGCAUAAACUGGAUGUGGUUUCAUGGAAUACAAUGAUAAUUGGUUAUGGUAUUCAUGGGCAAUGCACAGAGGCACUUUCUUUAUUCCAUGAGUUUCAGGUUUCAGGCUUGAAGCCAGAUGAUGUGACCUUUGUUGCUGUUUUAUCUGCCUGCAGCCAUUCAGGGCUUGUCAAGGAAGGGAAAUAUUGGUUUAAUGCCAUGAACCAAGAGUUCAGCAUCACUCCAAGAAUGGCACAUUAUAUUUGCAUGGUGGACCUUCUUGCCCGAGCAGGAAAUUUGGAUGAAGCAUACAUCUUUAUUCAAAGGAUGCCAUUCGAGCCUGAUGUUCGUGUAUGGAGUGCAUUGCUUGCUGCAUGUAGGACCCACAGAAAUAUUGAAAUGGGGGAAGAAGUGUCAAAGAGGAUCCAGAAGCUGGGACCUGAAAGUACAGGAAACUUUGUUCUUUUGUCAAACAUCUAUAGCUCUGUUGGGAGAUGGGAGGAUGCAGCACAAAUCAGAACAAUACAACAGCAUCAAGGUUACAAGAAAAGUCCAGGAUGCAGUUGGGUUGAGGUCUCUGGCGUAAUCCAUGGAUUUAUUGGCGGGGAUCAAUCUCAUCCACAAUCAGCAACCAUAAAUAAAAAAUUACAGGAGCUGCUAGUGCAAAUGAAAAGGCUGGGAUACAGUGCAGAUUCUAAUUUUGUUCUCCAUGAUGUUGAAGAAGAGGAAAAAGAACAGAUUCUCCUAUAUCAUAGUGAAAAAAUAGCCAUUGCAUUUGGACUUCUUAAUAUCAGCCCCUCCAAUCCCAUUCUAGUUACAAAAAAUCUGAGAAUUUGUGUUGACUGCCAUUCUGCAAUAAAGUUUAUGACACUCAUAACAAAUAGGGAGAUAAUAGUGAGAGAUGCAAGUCGAUUCCAUCAUUUUAAGAACGGCAUAUGCAAUUGUCGGGAUUUCUGGUGAGAUAAAGGAAAGGUAUUAUACUUGCUAUGGUUCAAUUAAGAUAUGGCGAGGUAGAUGUGAAUAUACCUGCAAUAUGGUGGAAGUUAACAAUGUCCACCAUGGGUACUUUUAUAAAAAUACUCCUCUCUGAUCAUUAGUUAAGUUACUUUUAAAUUUUAUUAUGGUAAAAAUAAACUCCAACAGAAUUUUAUU